AGGUUGUCUCCCGCUGCAGCAUCUGGUACAAUACAUACCGAUGAACUGCCUGGGACAAUGAACAGAAACGCUCCACAAACAAUGAAAAAACUCAACAUUCUGGUACUGCCCCAAUCCCAGAAUUGGAAACAAGGUCGAGGUUAACGUUUUCGACCAAGAGUGAUGAAAACACGAGGCCAUGGAUCGAAGAAUAAUGAAAUACUCGUAGUGGUAUCCUGAAAUGAACUGAAAUAAAAACAUGGUAGAGGUAUAUAGGCCAAGCAGCUAGUUAUGUGGUCCAAUCCGUAGCAGGCAAUAUAGUACAAUGCCGUAGGUAGAUUUUUUUUCUUCCUUUAUUUUUUUAGAGACCAAGACUCGGAAAAAAAGUCAGUGAGAUUUCUCGCUGAGGUCAGGAUGGAUGACCUACGCGUGGACAGCAGCCCUCGUUUACUCAAUGGCAACGAAGGAGUAAAGGACAGUGAGAACAGUGAGGCCCACGAAACAGACAGCGGUAUCCAUAGCGGUGACGACGUGGUGGAUAAAGUGAGUGACGUGAGAAGGGGAGGGGACGAGGGGACGGGGAACAGGGACGAGUACCUGAAGAGAGGGGAGACGGUGGUCGAGGUGUAUGAUUUGGAGGAGCAGGACCUCGAUGGCAAGAGCUCAGGAAGAGGCACUGCGUGGGAAGGGCUCUCCCUCUCCUUCUCGGACGUGGAGGACUUGCAGAUAAUAAAUCUGGAUGAGAGGGGAGAGAGUGAUAAAGAGGAAGAAAAGUUCGGCAGGAAGAGGACCUCGAAUGGGGAAGAGCGGAAGCCCAGGAAGAGGGUCCACAAGCCCUUCCUGCGAGAAAACACGCAGAUCGAAAUCCUCGACACGUCCUCGAACGUCUCGAGUAGCUUCGCGAAACCCGAGGACCAGGGACCAAAGUUGCCAGAUAGCAUAGAGAUAGAAGACCUCAACAAAAACCAAGAGGAGAAGGAAGAAGUGGAUGAAGCCAGUGAAGCGGUGAAAACGAAUGACGUCAAAAAGGCGAACAAAGACGACCCGCAGGAGAAUAAAAGCACAAUCGUCGUAGAAGCUGACUCCGCCGCAAAGGCAGGCACAAACCCGAGUCCAGAGAUCCGGAUCCACGGGAAUCCGACCAUUAGUCUCUCCCAAGAACCCGAGCUGCCCGACGCUGAGAAGGAGUCGAACCCCUCGACCAUUUCCUCCGCGCCGACUCAAGAGCACGCCUCCCCAACAAAGAGGUUUGUUUCGAAAUCCUUCAGCGAUGGGACCAUCAUCACCGACCCUUCAAAACUGCGCUUGUUCCAGCCGCUGGAUACCCGAGUGUCCCGGAGAGGCAUCCCCUCGAGGAUCGACAUCCAGGAGGACAUCCCCGAAGAUCCCGAGGAUGAGAGUCAAAGGGAAGCAAGGAUGCGGAUGAAGAUGGAACGUCUGGACUCCAGGACCCAGCUGAAGGACACCCUUACCGUACCCGGCGAGCGUCGUGCCAGCAGGAGCCUGGAAGGUCGUGUCCGGAUUUCCCGCAGAGGAUCCUUGGCCAGGGAGGAGCGCGCGAUGUCCUCAAUGCCCUCGAGCCCUGAGGACGAGGAGGACACGCAGAGGGAGCCAAAGAUCCAGGGCAACCUCACACCAGGGAAGGAGAAGCCAGGAGGUGAUAUGGACAGUCUCCAAGUCAUCACGACGCCGCUGUCCGGACGCCAUUCGCUCGGGGACCAUCGAGUGGUCGACCGAACGAGUUCAACGCGAGAGGCUGAUCCCAGUGGCUUAAUUUUCAAGCGUGGACACGUGUAUCAUGGCGUUUACUUCCCAACUCUUACCAACAGCUUCCGGGACCAGCAGCUCGAGGUUGCCUACCAGCGCUACUCGCACCGCCAGCGCCAGAAGUCGCUCAUCAUGGUCAAUGGCGUUGAUCUCGUGCUUAAAGUGGUUCUUCUCAUUAUUUUCCUCGUGAACAGCACGGGGAAAACCAACGACCAUGUGGUGGCCAUUACCUACUCCGUGAGCUGGAUGGUCGUGAACUUGAUCCUGUGCGUCCUGUCUUGGUGGAGAUGCUUCGCCAACAACUACCUCCACUGGGGUGCUCUCUGUACCUGGCUUGUUCUCAACAUUCAAGGCUGCAUAUCCCAAGUGCUGAGCAACGAGACAGAAAACUACAUGUGGUAUUUGCUGUUUAUCGUCUUCGUCACAUACUCUAUGUUGCCGCUGCCUCUCCGCUGGGGUAUGUUGGCUGGGUCCCUCACAGCCCUCAUUCACCUCAUAAUCACCUUCAUAAUCAUUGAAACAAACAACAGCAACUGCGUCAGCCAGUGCAUCAUGGCGAACCUCACGCUGUACUUCGCCAUCAACUUCGCCGGCAUGUACACCAAGUACCUCACGGACAGGACUCAGCGCAAGGCCUUUCUGGAGACGAGAAAGUCCAUGGAGAUGAGAUGCAGAACGCAGAGGGAGAACGAGAGGCAGGAGAAGUUGCUGUUGUCGGUGCUACCCCGGUUCGUGGCCCUUGAGAUGAUACGAGACAUCGCGAGGGAGGACGAGCGGGGCGAGUUUCAGCCGUCGCAGUUCCACAAGAUCUACAUUCAUCGCUACGAGAAUGUUCCAUCUUUUCGCGACAUCAAAGGAUUCACAGCCCUCGCCAGCCAGUGCAGCGCCCAAGAGCUGGUUAGGGUUCUCAACGACCUCUUUGCCCGCUUCGAUCGCCUCGCUAGUGAAAACCACUGCCUCAGGAUCAAGCUUCUAGGAGACUGCUACUACUGCGUGUCGGGACUGCCGGAAGCGAGACCCGACCACGCGCAGUGCACCGUCGAGAUGGGGCUGCACAUGAUCAGGGCAAUCAAGGUGGUGAGGCAGAAGACGCAGGUGGACCUCAACAUGAGAAUCGGGAUCCACUCGGGAGCUGUCUUGUGUGGCGUCUUAGGCCUUCGGAAGUGGCAGUUCGACGUCUGGUCCUACGACGUCACCCUCGCCAACCAUAUGGAGUCUGGUGGGAUCCCUGGGCGAGUGCACGUGUCCAAAGCCACCGUAGAAUGUCUGAAUGGUGUUUACGAGGUGGAACCCGGACAUGGGUGGACUCGGGACCAAUACUUGAAGGACCAUGGCGUCGAGACCUUCCUGAUCAAACGCGAGGAACCCUUGAGGCCGAGACGUCGAGGUCCUCGCUUCUCGCGCUCGAGGCUCUGGUCCGAGGACGAGCGGAACACCUCGGCCUCGCAGAGCUUACGGGAAGCGAGGAUCGGUUCGAACGCCACCACCGUCUCCAACUCGCAGCUCCAGCGCCUGCCGACUGUCCCAACGACGCCGACAACACCCUCAGAUGACAAGGACGACGAUUCGGUUAACAGCAGUCCGGCAACACCCGACCACACCGACGCGAAUCACAACGGCAACCACAUCGGCGAGUCCGCGAUGAGCCACUCGUCGUCCUCAUCAAGCACUUCCAGCUCCACCACGACGCCGACGGAGAGUGCCGACGACAAGGAGAAAGCUUCCGACGGCGAUGCAAGCGACUCCAACUCUCCGACGCCAUCCCCGACGCCUCUGGAAGAUGAGAACACGACGGACUGGACACCCGAGAUUCCCUUUGGAAACCUGAAAUACUAUGCGGGCGUGUGGAGUAGUGCAGCCCAUUACUCUCUGGCGCUCCGUAAGCAAAAAAAAUUCUCGUCUCAGACCUCGCUCGAGAUGGACUGGGAGGACGAGGCAUUCCUCGAGGAGGAGUUCCCAGAGGGCCUGGAGGACGAGGACGAGGAGGCCGAGGUCACGCAGUUCACUAACCCGACGAGCACCUUCACUCAGGAGGUGGACAACCUCAUGGACAACAGCAUCGAGAUCGAAUCGAACAAGAGGAUGCGAGCCGAGCACAUGAACCCCUUCACCCUGACCUUCAAGGACCCCGAGAUGGAGGAAAUGUACCACCAGGUGCGCGCCGACCUCCUCAAGAGCAACGUCGUCUGCACCUGCGUGAUCUGGGUCCUCAUCGCCGUCUGCCAAGCCAUCGUUGUGCCGGAGAAUUCGAGGUCCGCUCUCGUGCUGCCCUUCCUCGUGGCGUCCACCCUCCUGGCGGCGGGUCUCCUGCUGGUCAUGUCGGAGGAGUUCCCUCGUCUCCCGAAGACCCUCCGGAGGCUGUCCACCCGCCUCGCCCGCGCCACCCUCGGCAGGAAGGUGUUCGUGUGCGCCCUCAUCGCUAUCAUCGCCGUGCCAUCCAUGCUAACGCUGAUUCUAGUGUGUGACGACUUGAACUGCUGUACUAGCUGCCAUGUAGACAAUCAGACCUAUGGCAUUCCGCUGAGCUUAAUGCACGUGGCAAAUCCGACGAAUAUCGAAAUCUCGCCUCCCCCGGGCCAGGGAGACACGGUGGUGAAAGACAGCGCUGACAAGGCUCCUCUGUCGCUGCUGCUCUCCCACGCCCCGAGACACGUCGUCCAGGAAUCGAGUUACACGGAGGACGCGGGGAAUCACUAUCACGCGGGUAAUAAGUUGGGUCAUGAGCUCUUCCUGCAGCCACAAGAGGGCGGCGUCGUUCCAAGGGGAAGGUCGGGGAGGGAGAGCCUGAGGGAGAGGCGCUCGGUGAAUCACGGAGCAGGGCACCGCGAGGCCGAGAGUUGGGCGUACCAACCUCACGCAGACAGCGGUGAUGUGUUUCCUUCCUUAAGUGUGGCGUCCGGGACUAGAACUAGUAGUGACGAGAGCUUCGCUGUGCUCCAGAGGUACCGCAGUUUAACCUUGCAAAAGAGCGCGUCGGAACAAGCGUCCGGCGUGCAAACCGACGGCCCGAAGCGAAUCCGUCGGCGGGGGAGCAAGCUGCUGGUCGGCGGCAGCGAGCACGACAACAACAGCUUCUCCGGCGCCUCAGCUGCCGGCUUCCAGACGGACAUGCCAAAGACGACGAGGAAAACCCCUUACCCGGACGUGGAGGAAACCUCAUCCACCGCUCAGCCGGACGCGUUGGAGGAAUGCUGUCGUACUAUGUACCCGCAAUACUUCGUCUACACGUGGGUGCUGUGCAUGGUGGCGCUGGCUUCUUUCCUCAAGCUCAACUACCUGGUGAAGACGAUCGUGCUGGUCUUCAUGGUCACUUGCUAUGGCGUCCUUAUCCUGAAAUUCCGGAGCCUCUUCUACAUGCACGAUGGCGAGCCCGACCCGAGCCACAGUGUCGUCACGCCCUCGAGUGUGAUCAGCCUCCCGGCGAGGAUGGGCGUGCUCCUGGUGCUUUUCUUCUUCAUGGUGACGUACCACGGGCGUCUGGUGGAGAUCACGUCCCGCCUCGACUUCGUGUGGAAGCAGCAGGCGGUGAGGGAGCUCGCGGACAUGGGCGAGUGCCGGCAGUACAACAACCAGCUCCUCAAGAAUAUCCUUCCCGAUCACGUGGCUUCCUAUUUCUUGUCUGAGGAUAGGAAGGGAGAGGAGCUAUUUUCCAAAGCCUACGACAACGUGGGAGUUCUCUUCGCCUCGAUCCCAAAUUUCACGCAAUUCUACUCCGAGGACGUCAACCGAGGAAUGGAGUGCAUCAGACUGCUCAACGAAAUCAUUGCUGACUUCGAUGAGCUGCUGGACGAAGACAGGUUUUCCUGCAUCGAGAAGAUUAAGACGAUUGGAAGCACGUACAUGGCAACCUCUGGUCUCAACCCCACGGCUAAGGACGCCGAGGACUGCCACGCCCACCUCUGCGCCCUCGUCGACUUCGCCCUGGAGAUGAAAGCCCGCCUGGAGGACGUCAACAAACACUCCUUCAAUAACUUCAAGCUGAGAGUAGGUAUCAGCCACGGCCCUCUCGUCGGGGGCGUGAUCGGGGCCAAGAAGCCGGUUUUCGACGUCUGGGGCAACACGGUCAAUGAGGCUUCGAGGAUGGACUCCACGGGCGCCAACGACACCAUCCAGAUCCCGAAGGAGACGGCGCAGAUCCUGAACUUCCGCGGCUUCCGACUGCAGUGCCGCGGGAAGAUCGCCGUGAAGGGCAAGGGCGAGAUGGACACCUACUUCGUGCUCGGAAGGAAGGCCUCCGCGCGCGCCAACUUCACCCGGCACCCUUCGACCUACAAUUCCCUGGCGGCGGUCGUGUACGGCAUGGUGCAGGCGCGCAAGAAACAGACGAUCAAAAGAAGCAACACCACGGUGCGACGGGACCGGCAGCGGAAGGUCUCGCCGUCCGAAGGCAACGCCUCCUGCUCGGGCGUGGGCGGCGGGGGCGGCGUCCGCGACAUCACGCCCGGCCUCACGCGACGGGCCACGCGGCUGGAGCGGACCGUGACCUCGCACCACAACCUCCGCAGCCUGGCCAAGGACGACCACCGGCCCGAAGCGUCAGCCAAGAGCCAAGAGGAAGGCGUGUGAGGACUCUCACCGCCCGAGAGGUCAAGGGACAUCCCAUUGGAGGUCAUCCAAGGUCUUAAACUCGAAUUUGACCUUAAGAUGACCCGUUACGUCUAUGUCAUUCUCUGUGGACAGCUGAAACAAUUCUGAAAUUAUCCGUUGUCACUAGAGUAUGUCCUAAAAUGGUAAAAGCCAUACGCACCAAGCAGUGUACAGAAAUCCCUGUAGUCUGCCUGAGUGCGCUUCAGGACACAGCUGAGAAUAACGUGACAGAGAGACUUUACGAAUGCCACCACGGCAAAGCUCCGGUGUGCACGGAAAUCAUAAUAAUAUAGGCUAUAGUGCAGCUGUGGCUGAGACGGUGCAGC